AGGGGAGGUCCUGGCCCUCGGUCCCACCACCUGCCGCCACUGAGCCCCGCCGGGCGGUCCAGCCCGUCUCUGGUGUCGGGUGCUUGGAAGCGCGAGCCCCACUUUGCCCUUGCCGGCCCGAGGGUCGGUGUUUCCGGCGGCACCUGGGUCCCGUCAUCAGCUCUCUUCCGGGGCCGGAACUAUUGUACCAGAGCCUAAGUUUCCCAGCCGGCGGGGUGAAGAGGAAGCGGAGGCGAGACCAAGCUCGCCACUGCGAAAAGGAAGAGGGGGCAGGCCCUGCGCAAGGCACUUUGGGAACGCGUGGUAUUCUGGGAGCGCGGGCCCGCCAUUCGCUCGCCUCACGCUUUCGUGGUCGCCAGUCUCCGCAGCACCAGAAAGGAAGAGACCGGAGCCGGACUCUCUUCCUGCCAAGAUGUCUAUUGGCGUGCCGAUUAAAGUCCUGCAUGAAGCAGAGGGUCACAUCGUGACUUGUGAGACAAACACCGGUGAGGUGUAUCGAGGGAAGCUCAUCGAAGCUGAGGACAACAUGAACUGCCAGAUGUCCAACAUCACAGUCACCUACAGAGAUGGCCGUGUGGCGCAGCUGGAGCAGGUGUACAUCCGCGGCAGCAAGAUCCGCUUUCUGAUUUUGCCUGACAUGCUGAAAAACGCACCCAUGUUGAAGAGUAUGAAAAACAAAAACCAAGGCUCAGGGGCUGGUCGGGGAAAAGCUGCUAUUCUGAAGGCCCAAGUGGCCGCAAGAGGGAGAGGACGUGGAAUGGGACGUGGAAACAUCUUCCAGAAGCGAAGAUGAAUUUAUCUGUUGGACAGAACUUUGCCCUUAUUUUUUCUUUAAGGUUGUCUGGGUUUGGGGGGUGCACACCUGUGUAUAUGUCCUAGGUUAUCUUUUGACAUCAUUUUCUUUAGAUCAGGGGAAAUGUUAAACUAAAUAAAUAAGGUGAUGGUUGUUGUUUUUUUUUUCUUUUUGA